AUGGCUGAGCUGGACUUCAGCUGGGAGGACAUCGGCGGGAAAUCCUCGGCGUCCACCGCCCAGAUUAUAAAUGUCGCUAACCGCGAGGAUACGGUAAUAAAGCCUGUGACGAACCACGUGGGGGUGCGGCGGCAGGCCCGUGAGGCGGGUUUGCAUUUGGUGCAAAAGGAGAUUUCGCGUUUCCAUCAUGAGAUUCGGGAACAGUUGACGACGCGUCCGGGUGAGACGUUGGUGUUUGGUGCGAGUCGGGAGGGAUUGCCAUCGGAUGCGGGGCAGUUAACGAGUGAGGUUACUGGAUCUUCGCGGGCAGAUGACAUCGUCUUGAAAGGUUUGUUCCCGAAGGCGGAAGGGCACGCGGAGGUCGAAAGUGCGCGGGCGGAAGAAGGUGAAGAGCAAGAAGGCGCGGCACUUUCGGCGGAAGGAGCAUCAACGUGA